UAUUCACAGCUGCUAUUGCACAAUCAUUACUAAGCAGUCACUAACAGAAAACAUAUAAAGAGAACAAUACGUAAACUUUCGUAAUAUAACAGUCGAUAAUGGCCACAGCAAGUCCUGAUGUUGAAACUGAGGUUGAAUCUUCACCUACAACCUUCUCUUUAAAGUCUGGUCCUACUUUCUCUAAAUAUGAGAAGAUGACGGAGGGAACUCGGCUAUUUGCAGGGCCAGAGAUAGGUCGUAUCAAGGAAUGGGUUGCCAUGGAGAAGAUACAUGGGGCAAACCUCUCACUGACUGUAUGGAGUAAAGGAGGAGAGAAGAAGAGAGAGGGGGAGGGAGGGAAGAGACAAGACGUGGGUGUCAAGAUUGCUCGGAGGAAUGAUUAUCUUAAAGAUGGUGAACAGUUCUUUGGUCUUGACAGGCAGCCGGAACUAUUGAUGGCACUUCACACGUCAGCAGUGAAACUGUGGGAUUUAAUGAAUGAUGACGAGACCACACCCACACCACAAUCAAUUACCAUAUAUGGAGAACUUUUCGGAGGUUACUACCCUCAUCCCUCAAUCCCUCCAUUACCAAACAUGAUUAGCAUUCAAAAGGAAGUGGCCUACUCUCCUGAUCUUAAAUUCUGUUCCUUUGACAUAGCGGUGAACAAUGGAAAUGACAAAAAUUACAUGAAUUACGAUGAUGCAAUGUCCCUGUUUGAGGGGGCGGGGUUCAUGUACUCCCGCCCACUCAUAACCGGAACGAUGGAAGAGGUUUUCAAUUAUGAGCUUGGUUUCCCGAGCACCAUCCCAGCAAUAUUUGGCCUGCCCCCUAUAGACGGAAACCUUGCAGAGGGAAUCGUCAUAAAACCUUUAAAAGACUCUACCCUCAUCACGCGUAAAGGUCCUAAACGACUCAUCUUCAAACGAAAAAUUGAAAAGUUUUCCGAAAGAAGGGCACUACCAAGACCAGAGAACCACUUGACAAGUACGAGAGAAGACGAGAAAUGGAAAGGAACGAAAGGAGACGAGAUCAAAUAUGAAAUAACAGCUUUAAUAACUGAUCAAAGAGUUCUUAAUGCUAUUACUAAGAUUGGUCAGCCUGUGACUAAGGGAGAGUGGGAGAAGAUUAAGACUGAACUGGUAGCUGAUGUAAGAGAUACUCUGAAGGAAGAGAAUGAAGAGCUCAUUAAAGAUUGUGAUGAUGUAUUAAUGAUGAAUGAAAUAAAGAAACAAUGUGGUAUAUUCAUACAGCAAUACAAGAAAAGGGUUUAGUCUAUAUUUUUAUUAUUUUUAUUAGCCAAAGACAAAUUUUUAACUGCUAUUGCACAGUUUAUUUAAUUUUUAAUAGUUUUAAUCGAACACUGAUUAAUUUUUAUAAAAUUCCUUUCCAAUGUACAAGUAUAUUAAAUUUUGUUGAAGGAAAAAGAUUCUAUUCACCUCUAGACUACUACUUGUGGUUGCUAUGGUGAAUGAAAAUGAA